CCAUAAUUGCUUUGGUGGAAGUCUGCUUAAGUCCAACUCUUCAGAGCUAGUAACUGCCAUUGCACGAAGCGGAACAUCCCUAGACUACUUGUAACAGCACACAAACUACACCUGUUCAAGAAAUCGACAAAUUCAACAUAAAGUCUGUCAUUUGCGAUUCCAACAUCGGCGUCUGACAAUAAACCACAACAAAACUUUUCCAGCCUGUCCAUACUUAACAGAAAAGACUGAGCUUUGUCUGAUUUGAUCCCCGCGUGCUGCAGUCAUUUCAUCCGCCUUCUGUCUGUCUCCAUUGCCCACCUUCCUGUCUGCUUCGUUGGUUGGUUACCCCAUUAAUCGAAAAGUUCGGUGAGCGCACGACAUCCUCCAUUUUUCGAGUUUUACUUUGAAACCUCCGCCUUUUUGUAUUGCGCCCAUCGGUUUCUUCCAGAGCUAGCCAACGUGCUGAAUACCUCCAGAACCCAUUCCCUGUAUCGAGCAGUGUUGUCUCCUAGUGCUGCUGCCUAGAGCCCAUUUUUCUGUGUGUCCAUAGCGUGUUGCUGAGCUGUUCCUCUCUUUGUCUGUGACUUGCUCGUAAUUUGAGACUUUCUGAAUCUCUGAAACCAUAAGAAGAGCCUGUCUGACAACACGCUUCCCUUCAGCAUUCCGUCUGUCAUUUGUCUGCCAUUAGUCAUCAGCAUUAGCUACAUUUGUCUCUCUCUGUCUGUCUGUAUCGCAUUGCAUCUACUAACAACAUGUCCAAAAUAGAGGUUGUUACCGAAAACGUUAACAACGGCCACACUGGCGAAAUCGAAACCAUCCAGUACACCCAAUCCCAGAUGGUGGGUCAUGGCUCGUUCGGGGUUGUGUUCCAGACUCAAAUCUUGCCUUCAAACGAGAUUGCAGCAAUGAAACGAGUUUUACAAGACAAACGAUUCAAAAACCGUGAGUUGCAAAUCAUGAAGUUGGUGCAUCACCGCAAUAUUGCUGAUUUGAAGUACUAUUUCUAUACCAGCAACGACAAAAACGAGUUGUACCUCAACUUGAUUCUCGAGUUUGUACCAGAAACACUCUAUAAGGCACUGCAUUUCUACGUGUCCAAACGAUUGCUGAUGCCUGCCAUUGAAAUCAAGCUCUACACCUACCAGAUGUUGCGUGCUUUGAACUACAUCCAUUCACAAGGCAUCUGCCAUCGUGAUAUAAAGCCGCAGAACUUGUUGAUAAACCCCGAGACGGGCGAGUUGAAGUUGUGUGACUUUGGCUCGGCUAAGAUUCUCAACCCUAACGAACCCAACGUCAGUUACAUCUGCUCUAGAUACUACAGAGCCCCAGAAUUGAUUUUCGGUGCAACCAAUUACACUACCAAGAUCGAUGUGUGGUCUGCCGGUUGUGUGAUGGCCGAGUUGAUUUUAGGCCAGCCAUUGUUCCCUGGUGAAUCGGGAAUCGAUCAGUUGGUGGAAAUCAUCAAGAUCUUGGGAACGCCCUCAAAGGACCAGAUAAAGAACAUGAACCCCAACUACAUGGAACACAAGUUCCCCCAGAUCAAGCCAAUUCCAUUGUCAAAGAUCUUCAAGAAAAUGUCUAACGAUUGCAUUCAGUUCUUAAUCAAAGUGUUACAGUAUUCUCCGGUAGACCGGAUCUCGUGUGUCGAGGCUCUUGUCGACCCGUACUUUGAUGAGUUACGGAACCCCCAGACCAAGUUGCCCAAUUAUAGAAAGAUCUUCAGCCAGCAGUUUCAUCUCAAUUCGUCUCUGUCUCAUCAUCUGAUCAACAACGCCAACUACCAGAUCUAUUCAAGCCAGCCGGACUUCCGAGAGUUGCCUGAAUUGUUUGACUUCAACGAUCGGGAGUUGCUGUCUAGCCCAGAUUUGAACUUCAAGUUGGUUCCGCCCUUCGCCUACGACAGGUUAAACUUGAAACAGCAAAUUUCGUCGCUUGACCAGUUUGUUCCCUGGACGGCUGAAGAGUUGAAGGUCACCCUUGAGUGAGCCGCAGACCUUUGCAUAGUAUAACCACUACCACCUAUUUAAUAGUAGCCCUCGUCAUGUUUGUAUUACUAGCUGUUGUUUCUCCGCUGAAGCAUAUAGAGAGAUCUCUUUAUAUACUGUACAUAUUAUAUCUUAUGAAUGUAUUUAUUGUUCCAGGAG